GGUACAACGAUUUUAUUUUAAUGGUUCCACGAUGAGUAUCGGUUGACGCCCAUCGCUAUCAAAUAGAAAUUUUAGUGCUGAGCUAAGAAUUUUCCAUUUUUUAACAGUUUUUUUAUUAAAAAAUGGGAUGAUCGAGCUCAGGGGAUUAAGUAGUGUUAAGAGAGUGAAAAGUUCCCAACCAAAAACGUCUUACAAACUAUAAUAUUCGCAGAAAAAACACAACAACGUACAUAUAGCUGCCCGUGCGUCUGUGUGUGUGCGUUGUAUGUGCGUUUUUUUUUGUUUAUUUGGCAAAUUCGGUGGCCUACGUGAUUAAAAUAAGCGCAAGCGGACUUAAGUGAAAUGUUGGCUAAAACGUUCAAGUGCCGUAAUUCGCAUUGAUAACAAUUAUACAUAAUCUGAGAGCGUGUGUGUGUGAUUGCCUCAUUGCCUGAAGGAGAGGUGGAGUAAAACAAGCUGGGAGAGCUGUCAAGGUUAAAAUCGGUCGUCGCCUUUGGCACUCCUCUCCCACAAAAUGCAAUGAGCAGGGGUCGCGGAAAGGUCAGGGAUUCAGCUAGCCAUUCCGGAUCCAAAUCGGCCAUGGACCCGCCGCGCUGCUCCAUUUGCGGCACUCAGCAGCAGCUGCUGCGCUGCGCCAAGUGCAAGGCCGUCUACUACUGCUCCCCCGCUCACCAGCACCUCCAUUGGCCCGACCACCGCACCGAGUGCCGCCUCCUAACCCGCCAAAAGCUCAACAGUAGCAACAACAACAAGCAGCAGCAACUCCAGCAGCGGCAGCAGAUCCAGCAACUGCAACAAGCGGUGGCAUCUGCUAAUUUGGAAGGCAGCGGCGCCGGCGCCAACUGCUCCACCGCCCAGAUGAUGACGCCUGCCCACCAGGCGCAGAGUUGGCCCACCGAGGUAGACAACCUGCUGAAUUUCCUCGGACAGCCGGGCAUUCAGGAGAAGGCGGCAGCUGCAGAAACGGAAGCGGGUCAAAGGCAGCAGCAGCAUCACCAUCAUGGCGAAAAGAGCUCCAGCUAUCAAAUCGGAUUUGCGGAUGCCAGCUUCAUGGGAUCAGGAAGUGAGCGCCGCUAUGAGGAUCUGUGCCGCAACAUCAUCAGUGACAUGAAUCAGUAUGGCUUAUCCGUUGUGGACGACUUCCUGGGCAUGGAGACGGGUCUGAAGAUCCUCAACGAGGUUCGAAGCAUGUAUAACGCAGGAGCCUUCCAAGAUGGCCAAGUUGUGACCAACCAGACGCCCGAUGCUCCCGCGGUGCGCGGUGACAAGAUCCGAGGCGAUAAGAUCAAGUGGGUUGGUGGCAAUGAGCCGGGCUGCAGCAAUGUCUGGUAUCUGACCAAUCAGAUUGACUCUGUGGUGUACCGUGUCAACACGAUGAAGGAUAAUGGCAUUUUGGGCAACUACCAUAUCAGGGAGCGCACGAGGGCAAUGGUUGCCUGUUAUCCAGGAUCAGGAACUCACUACGUCAUGCACGUCGACAAUCCCCAAAAGGAUGGCCGCGUUAUAACGGCAAUAUACUACCUGAAUAUCAAUUGGGAUGCGAGGGAAAGUGGCGGCAUUCUGCGAAUUCGACCAACACCUGGAACCACAGUGGCGGAUAUUGAGCCGAAAUUUGAUCGCCUUAUUUUCUUCUGGUCUGACAUUCGAAAUCCCCACGAAGUGCAGCCCGCUCACCGUACCCGCUAUGCCAUCACCGUCUGGUACUUCGAUGCCAAGGAGCGCGAGGAGGCCCUGAUUAGGGCCAAGCUGGAAAACAGCAAGACGAACAAUCUGGCAGCUCAAGCCCAAGCCCAACAGGCUGAACCAGACUCCACCACCACACCACCCGCAGCAAUAGCUUCAUCCUCAUCCAGUCUGCCAGCUAGCAUGUCCACGGGAACGGGAGCGCUGAACGCGAAUGUGUCGAGUAAUACCUGUGCCACCAACAGCGAAAUAUGCACGUAACCCAAGCCGGUAGCUCAGCUAUAGGGCAACCAAAAAGUGUAAAUUAUUUUCAACCAAACACACAUGUAUAAAGCUAGUUAAAAACUAUUUAUAGCUCUGCACGGGCGGCAGCCCAAGCCCGCAUUGCGAAAGUUAUUCAAAGCUCCUUUAGUCGUUAAGCCUUCUACAAGUAGUUUAGUUCUAAGUCGUACCCUUAGUCAUUCUCGCAUUAACCAUUAGCUUACUGCCAUGUCAGCGUCCGAGUUGGUUGUUUAUUAAUUUUAGUUUGUUGCAUCUUUGUCAGGACCUUUUGCCUAGCUCAUUCUUAGUUUUUGGCUGCCAAAGUAUUAUACCUAAAAAGAAGUUAACUAGAUUCAAUAACAUAAGCAACUGUCUCAUUGCAUCUUAUCUCAAAAUUAUUUAACAAGCCAGUAUAUCGUGGGGAAAUGCGGCUACUGGCUACCACUCAAUCUUUCAACUCUUAUGCAACUUGUUAGACAUAUUUUUGAUAUGGCUUACAUCUAAUAGCAAACUGAAAUAAAUGUUUGUCCGGAAUACGUUCUCUUGUUAUCUGUAAAUCAUGAAAUAUUUACAUUUACGACAUAUAUACAUAUUGUUUGUAUAUUUUUUAUAUUAAACGAAAGCCUGAGCUCAUGAA